ACGGUGAGAAAACGACGUUUCUAAAUGGACCGUUGAGUUGUCCGUUGAGAUUAGUGACGUCAGCGCUGUUUCAUCGUUGAGCUCAACGGACUCAACGACCUUAGACGCUGUUGAGUAGACAACGAAGUAAUAUGGCGGCUUCCAUGAAGCAAGUAAACUUUUUAUAUAAAAAUUGUCGAUUCACUCUUGCUGUGGACGAUGUAAUAGCGGACAGAUUAUUGAAAGAGGCCAACUAUCUCAAUGAAUUCUUUAAAAAUUUAAUUGGAACAGAUAUUUGGCCGUCAUUAGGUUUGCCUAAUGACUUAAAUAUUGAAGAUAUCAAACUUAUUGAAGAUAAAUCUAAUAUAGAAAAUGAUACAGGAAAAGACCAAAAUUAUUCAACAAAGAAAAGAGAUGUAUGGACAGAUGCCAUUAUUAAGUUACUCAUUUCAGAAAGACUGGCACUUGAGGAGCAAUUUGGAAAGCCAGGAAACAAAAAAAAAUUAUGGAUGAAAAUACACAGUAAAUUGGUGUCACAAGGGUAUAAUUUAACUGCUGAAGACUGUGAUAUGAAAUGGAGGAAUUUAAUAGCAACAUAUAGGAAAAACAAAGACAGGGCUAGAAAGAGUGGCGAAGGUUGCAUCACCUGGCCGUAUUUUCAAGUAUUAGAUGAAAAAUACGGUUACAAAACCAACAUAUCACCUCCUGCAGAAACACUGUUAUCUUCUCUUCCUAGCCCUAUCUACUCCCAACCUUCACCCAUUGACACAUCGAAUUCUUCCGAAAACUCUACCGCAACUACUAGUCACAAUUCUUCCGAAAACUCUACCGCAACUACUAGUCACAAUUCUUCCUCAUCCUCUCCAAUCCCUCACCAAAGUGAUACUCCAUAUUCAAAAAAACCAAAACUAUCGAAAGAAGAACCUCCAGCAUGGUUUCAGAACUAUGUUGAAAAUAAGAAAAAAGAAGAUAAAGAAAAAGAAGAAAGAGAAGAAAGACGUUGGAGAGAAUUUCAAAAGAUGGAAGAAGAAAAACUUAAAGUUAUGAAGCAAUUAUUAGAAAUGUUGAAAAAAUAACCGAAAUGAUUUUAUUUACAUAUU